UAACUCGGCCAACUCGGCGAUUCGCUGUUCCCACCUUUUUAUUUACUUCUUUUCGCUUUUCCCACGACAUUACAUUCUCCUUUAGCACUCAAACCCAGGAAAAAAGUUUUUUUUCUUCUAAAAAUCUUGUGUUUCCCCCCCUAAAAGUGAAGAGGCAAAUAGAGUGAAAAUGGGGGUUGACUACUACAACAUUCUGAAAGUCAGCCGUAGCGCGACGGAGGAAGACCUGAAGAAGUCCUACAAGCGGCUGGCCAUGAGGUGGCACCCGGACAAGAACCCCGUCAACAAGAAAGAAGCGGAGGCUAAAUUCAAACAGAUUUCUGAAGCCUGCGACGUCCUCAGCGACCCGCAGAAGCGUCAGAUCUAUGACAUCUACGGUGAAGAAGGGCUUCAAUCGGCUGAAUUAUCGAGCCCCAAUGGGUUUAGUGGCGGCGGCGGUGUCGGUAGUGGUAGAGCCUACAGGUUUAAUCCUAGGAAUGUUGAAGAUAUAUUUGCUGAGUUUUUUGGAGGGUCGGAGAAGAGGUUUAGUGGAGACAGUGGGGUUGGGAGUCAAGGGAACAAGAAGGCGGCGCCGGUUGAAAGCAAGUUGGUUUGUAGUUUAGAGGAGCUUUAUAAAGGUGGUAGGCGCAAAAUGCGAAUUUCCCGCACCAUUGCUGGUGAAUUUGGUAAGCCGAAGACGGUGGAUGAAAUAUUGAAGAUAGAUAUCAAGCCUGGCUGGAAAAAGGGCACAAAAAUUACUUUCCCCGAGAAAGGAAACCAUGAACCCGGUUUCACUCCAUCUGAUCUAAUCUUUGUGAUAGACGAGAAACCGCAUGCCAUUUUCACGCGGGACGGGAAUGAUCUGAUUGUCAAUCAGAAAAUCUCUCUUCUCGAAGCCCUCACCGGGAUUACCCUCAGUUUGACAACCUUGGACAGAAAGAACCUCACGAUCCCGGUUACAGAAAUCGUGAAACCAGGCCAUGAGGUGGUUAUCCCGAACGAAGGGAUGCCGAUCUCGAAAGAACCCAACAAGAAAGGCCAACUCAAAAUAAAAUUCGAUAUCAUCUUUCCCUCGAGGCUCAAUGCAGAGCAGACGUCUGAUCUGAAGAGGGCCCUGGGGUGAGCUGAUAAAUAGCAAUAUAAUCCAUGCCGGAGUUCACAAUUGUCUAUUUAACACCGAUCGAUAUUGAUUGUCAAGUUGAUGUAAAUAGGUUUAAUUCUCGACUACUAAAAGAUUAGGGAUCGAAAGGGUUGUAAAUAGUGUGUUGAUAGAGUGAGUGACUAUCUGCCACUGUGUUCUAAUUGGGAAAUUUUAUAUACACUUUGUAUAUAGUGCUAGUGUGGCGUUGGAAGUUGAAGGAAAGACCUUUCUGUGUUGCUAAAAUGUCUAAUUUUAUAAAGUCCUUUUUGUGUUGCUGUAAA